AUGUCGAACGACAGUAACUUGGUCACCUUUGGACCUAACGCCAAUUGCACUUUUGAGCUUUGCACCAUCGAAAUGAGCGUCUACAGUUAUCGACCCUCCCUCCCAGCCAAUGUCACUUUCGCAGCACUCUUCACCCUAGGUACCCUUGUUCACGGGUAUCUCGGUCUUAGAUGGAAGACUCCGUGGUUCAUGUGGUGCAUGAUCUUGAGCUGCACCCACGAGGUCGUCGGUUACAUCGCGCGCAUUCUGUUGUACAAGAACCCGUGGAGCUUUGGGGCAUUCAUUACACAGAUCAUCUGUAUCACUCAGGCGCCUGUGUUUUAUUGUGCGGCAAUCUACGUGACACUUGGGCAGAGCAUCGAACAUUACUCCCCCAGUCUAGCUCGUUUCCCAACAAAGUUCUUUGCUUGGAUAUUCGUCCCCUUCGACAUACUCUCCCUCGUCCUCCAGGGCGCCGGCGGCGGUCUAUCGGCAUCUUCAUCUGGGAGCAGUCAAGUUGGUGUCAAAAUCGCCAUGGCGGGACUCAUCCUGCAAGUCAUUAUGUUGGUCGUAUUCAGUGUCCUGUUUGCCGACUACAUGUUCCGGUACCUCAACUCCAGCAAGUCCAAGCAACUUGGAGCGAGAGACAAGCUGUUCUUUGGCUUCCUCGCCUUGGCGGUCUUGACCACACUUGCUCGUUGCAUCUUCCGUGCCGACGAGUUAAAAGAAGGCUACAGUGGAGAGUCAAUCAAGCAUGAGGGCCUCUUUAUCGGACUUGAGGGAGUCCUCAUUGUUGCCGCCAUAUUCUCUCUUUGCCUCGCCCACCCCGGCUUUGUCUUCAAUCGUUUGCCAAAGACGUAUUACAAUGUCCCAACUGUCGAGAUGUCUCGGGAGGAGGGUAUCCCUAUGUCCAAGCCUUAUGAUCCUGCGGAUUAUUCGACCUAG